AUGUACAGCUUCAAUACUCUUCGACUCUACCUUUGGGAGACCAUUGUAUUCUUCAGCCUUGCUGCUUCGAAGGAGGCUGACGCUGCCCGCUCCGCGCCCAAGCCUAUGUCACCCUCGGAUUUCCUGGAUAAGCUCAUGGGGAGAACCUCUGGAUACGAUGCCAGGAUCAGGCCCAACUUCAAAGGUCCCCCGGUGAAUGUGAGCUGCAACAUUUUCAUCAACAGCUUCGGCUCCAUUGCUGAGACAACCAUGGACUAUAGGGUCAACAUCUUCCUGCGGCAGCAGUGGAACGACCCCCGGCUGGCCUACAAUGAGUACCCGGAUGACUCUCUGGACCUGGACCCAUCCAUGUUGGAUUCCAUCUGGAAACCCGACCUGUUCUUCGCCAACGAGAAGGGGGCCCACUUCCACGAGAUUACCACAGACAACAAACUGCUGAGGAUCUCCCGGAACGGAAAUGUCCUCUAUAGCAUCAGAAUCACCCUGACACUGGCCUGCCCCAUGGACUUAAAGAAUUUCCCCAUGGAUGUCCAGACGUGUAUCAUGCAACUGGAAAGCUUUGGCUAUACCAUGAAUGACCUGAUCUUCGAGUGGCAGGAGCAGGGAGCUGUGCAGGUGGCAGAUGGACUAACUCUACCCCAGUUUAUCCUGAAAGAAGAGAAGGACUUGAGAUAUUGCACGAAGCAUUACAACACAGGGAAAUUCACCUGCAUUGAGGCCCGGUUCCACCUGGAGCGACAGAUGGGCUACUACCUGAUCCAGAUGUACAUUCCCAGCCUACUCAUUGUCAUCCUUUCAUGGAUAUCCUUCUGGAUCAACAUGGAUGCAGCGCCAGCCCGUGUGGGCCUGGGCAUCACCACUGUGCUCACCAUGACCACCCAGAGCUCAGGCUCCCGAGCAUCCCUGCCCAAGGUGUCCUAUGUGAAAGCCAUUGACAUUUGGAUGGCGGUGUGCCUGCUCUUCGUGUUCUCAGCCCUGCUUGAGUAUGCCGCUGUCAACUUUGUGUCUCGGCAGCACAAAGAGCUGCUCCGAUUCAGGAGGAAGCGAAGACAUCACAAGAGCCCCAUGCUGAAUCUGUUCCAGGAGGAUGAGGCCGGAGAAGGCCGCUUCAACUUCUCUGCUUAUGGGAUGGGCCCAGCCUGUCUGCAGGCCAAGGAUGGCAUCUCAGUCAAAGGCGCCAAUAACAACAAUACCACCAACCCCCCUCCCGCACCGUCUAAGUCCCCAGAGGAGAUGCGAAAACUCUUCAUCCAGAGGGCCAAGAAGAUUGACAAAAUAUCCCGCAUUGGCUUCCCCAUGGCCUUCCUCAUCUUCAACAUGUUCUACUGGAUCAUCUACAAGAUUGUCCGCAGGGAGGACGUCCACAACCAGUGA